AUGAAGUCACCAUCUUAUAUUCUUGCUGUAAUUCUUUCCCUUACCGCCAAUAUAGCUCUAGCAACACCUGUUGCAGACGCUGAUCCGGACUUUGAGGCUCUUGAAGAGCGAGCCGGGGUGACGACAAAGACCGUGGCGGCCCCGGAUUUGUAUCCUGGUGGCUCAAGCCGCAAGACGGGCAGCUCUAGGGCGGGUGCUACCUUUAGCCCCACUUGCAAAUAUCAAACCAAGGAUUCUGAGAUGUGGUUCUCCACUUCAAAGGGAUGGGUGAAGGACUCAGAUAAGUCUCGAAAUUGCCGUACAUGA